CAACUUCAGACAGGAGGUUGUUUGAUGCGUCCAAGGGCUUGGAUUGCGACCUGACACUUGCUCGGUAACCACAUUGUCAUUUCAUCUUAGAAUCACUGGCCUGGCUUAUUUAUUUCCAGUCGUAGAGCUUACUUCUUUUCCUUCUCUUGUCUGCAUCCCACUACUUGGUUGUGUAAGCCUGCUUUGCAGUCGGAAUACCUGCUCCUCGCGAACCUCUUCCCAGAGCUUUGCCAACUAGCUGUCCACUUUUUCCCCCGUCCUUUAAUAAGCUGCAAGGUGUUCCCGGGAAGGGUCCCUCUAGCCUGGUUUUGCGCAGUGCCGAGAAACAUCCGCCCUGAAAUUUUUCUGGUUCCUUCGUUCCCCCCUAUCAAAACUUAACCGUCCAGAACACCUGUCAUCCCAUCACCGCCUCUCUCUUCCUUUUUCUCUUUUCUCCCUCCCCCAUCCCAUUCCUUCAGACCAAAAAAAGAAUUAAAAUUAAAAUUAUUUGCAAACUGAGUUGGUCCCCUGCGAGUUCACCAGAGGGACUCUCUCAUGACUACGAGAUCGUGUGAGGCGGAACGACAUAGUCGAUAAUUCCUGCCUCUUGGUUAUUAUUAUCACCAGCAGAAAAGAGGGAGAAAAAAAAAACAAAAAAAAAAUUAUUCCCUGUCGGUUUUUCAACACAUCCUAACCAUCCAUCCUUUCUUGGACUUCCAUUGUUCUCUUUACUUGUUCACCUACUCCUUUGAACCUUUGCCCUCCUAUUUCCUUCCCGUCCCCCAAAAAAGUCAAAAUGUUGCGAGCUACUAGAUCGUCGUCUUCUAAAGUCUCAGAGGUCGCUGGCCUCUUGAGAAAAACACCGUACGUGCGCAAUGCGCGAUGCAUCGCCUCCUCUUCGAAACCCACGUCGCUUUCCGCUCGUGCGAACCUUGGCCUUGCGACACGAAGACCGCUGGCGCUGGUUGCUGCCCAGGAAGCCUGGAAGCAGCGGAGGCAAUAUGCGAUCGCCGCUGAAGAAACGAAUAAAGGGGUGGAUCCCAAUGACUCGUUCCUUCAAGGCAACACUGCGGACUAUAUCGACGAGAUGUAUCUCGCGUGGAGAAAAGACCCGUCCAGCGUCCACAUCUCGUGGCAGACGUACUUCCACAACAUCGAAGAGGGAAAUAUGCCCAUCUCCCAGGCCUUCCAGCCUCCCCCGACUCUCGUCCCAACCCCUACCGGCGGAGUUCCCCAGCACAUGCCCACCUCCCGCACCGCUGCCGGAGCCGAAGUGUCGAACCACCUAAAAGUCCAGCUCCUCGUCCGUGCAUACCAGGCGCGUGGUCACCACAAGGCGAAGAUCGAUCCGUUGGGCAUCCGCGGAGAGGCUGAAUCGUUCGGAUAUUCCAAACCCAAGGAAUUGGAACUGGAGCACUAUGGAUUUACGGAAGCUGAUUUGGAUCAAGAGUUUGCGCUUGGUCCCGGCAUUCUUCCUCGUUUUGAGACAGAGACGAGAAAAAAGAUGACCCUCCGCGAGAUCAUUGGGGCUUGCGAGCGGAUUUACUGCGGUUCCUUUGGCAUCGAGUAUAUCCACAUUCCAGACCGUGAGCCCUGUGACUGGAUCCGUGACCGUGUUGAGAUCCCCCAGCCCUACAAGUACUCCGUCGAUGAGAAGCGACGCAUUUUGGACCGCCUCAUCUGGAGUACCUCUUUCGAAGCUUUCCUCGCGACGAAAUUCCCCAACGACAAGCGAUUCGGUUUGGAGGGUUGUGAAACUCUGGUUCCCGGAAUGAAGGCCUUGAUUGACCGAAGCGUCGAUUAUGGCAUCAAGGAUAUUGUAAUCGGUAUGCCUCAUCGUGGCCGUUUGAACGUUUUAAGUAACGUUGUUCGGAAACCCAACGAGUCGAUCUUCAGCGAAUUCACCGGUACGGCGGAACCGUCCGAUGAAGGCUCUGGAGACGUGAAAUACCAUCUUGGCAUGAACUUUGAACGUCCAACACCCUCCGGCAAACGUGUGCAGCUCUCCCUGGUUGCGAACCCUUCCCAUCUUGAAGCCGAAGACCCUGUUGUGCUCGGAAAAACCCGCGCAAUUCAGCAUUACAACAAUGAUGAGAAGAAUUUCAACAGCGCAAUGGGUGUGCUGCUUCAUGGUGAUGCUGCGUUUGCCGCUCAGGGUAUUGUGUACGAGACCAUGGGCUUCCACUCACUACCUGCCUACUCGACUGGUGGCACGAUCCAUAUCAUUGUGAACAACCAAAUUGGUUUCACUACUGAUCCCCGUUUCGCUCGCUCCACCCCGUAUUGUUCCGAUAUCGCCAAGGCCAUUGAAGCGCCCGUCUUCCACGUUAACGCAGACGACGUUGAAGCUGUCAACUUCGUUUGUCAGUUGGCCGCCGACUGGCGUGCUCAGUUCAAGAGCGAUGUAGUCAUUGAUAUUGUUUGCUAUCGUAAACAGGGUCACAACGAAACUGACCAGCCCGCUUUCACACAGCCGUUGAUGUAUAAGCGUAUUGCAGACCAGACUACCCAAUUGGACAAAUACGUCAACAAGCUCCUCCAGGAGAAUACUUUCACCAAGGAGGACAUCGAGGAGCACAAGAAGUGGGUCUGGGGAAUGCUCAACGAUAGCUUCGACCGCAGCAAGGAGUACCAGCCUACCAGCAGAGAAUGGCUGACAUCUGCCUGGAACGGAUUCAAGUCUCCCAAGGAACUUGCCACCGAAGUCCUUCCUCACCUCCCUACUGGCGUCUCUCGUGAUACUCUACGCAUGAUUGGCGACAAGAUCGGCGAAACUCCUCAGGGAUUCAGUGUUCACCGUAAUCUCAAGCGUAUCUUGGCGAACAGAAAGAAGACUGUGGACGAAGGAAACAACAUCGACUGGGCCACUGCUGAGGCUCUUGCCUUUGGUACCCUUUGCAACGAGGGCCAUCAUGUCCGUGUCUCCGGUCAAGAUGUUGAGCGUGGUACUUUCUCCCAGCGUCAUGCGGUCUUGCACGAUCAGCAGAACGAGGCGACGUACACGCCUCUGCAGCACAUCUCUGAGAAUCAGGGAACAUUUGUUAUCUCUAACUCCUCCCUGAGUGAGUUUGGCGUGCUCGGAUUCGAAUACGGUUACUCCUUGACCUCGCCCAACGCUCUCGUCAUGUGGGAGGCUCAGUUCGGUGACUUUGCCAACAAUGCUCAGUGUAUCAUCGAUCAGUUUAUCGCCUCCGGUGAAGUGAAAUGGCUCCAGCGAUCCGGCUUGGUCAUGUCUUUGCCCCACGGUUACGAUGGUCAAGGCCCUGAGCACUCGUCUGGCAGACUGGAGCGUUAUCUCCAGCUUUCCAACGAGGAUCCUCGUGUCUUCCCAUCACCGGAUAAGAUUGAUCGCCAGCACCAGGACUGCAACAUGCAGAUUGCCUACAUGACUACUCCUUCCAACUUGUUCCACAUCCUCCGCAGACAGAUCAACCGUCAAUUCAGAAAACCACUCGUGAUUUUCUUCUCAAAAUCCCUCCUGCGUCACCCACUCUGCCGAUCUUCGAUCGAAGAAUUCACUGGAGACUCGCACUUCCGCUGGAUCAUCCCUGAGACCGAACACGGCAAGUCUAUCGCAGAGCCCGAGAAGAUCGAGCGUGUCAUCCUCUGUUCAGGUCAAGUCUGGGCCGCUCUUGUCAAACACCGUGAUGCCAAUGGAAUCAAGAACACCGCUAUCACUCGCAUUGAACAACUCAAUCCUUUCCCAUGGCAGCAACUCAAGGAAAACCUUGACAGUUACCCCAAUGCCAAGGACAUCGUCUGGUGUCAGGAGGAACCACUCAACGCAGGUGCUUGGAGUUUCGUCCAGCCUCGCAUUGAGACUCUGCUGAACAACACCGAGCAUCACAACCGCCGCCACGUCCUCUACGCCGGUCGUAACCCAAGUGCCAGUGUCGCUACCGGAUUGAAGGCUAGCCACAUCAAAGAAGAGCAGGAAUUGUUGCAGGAUGCAUUUACUGUGCAUCAGGAUAAAUUGAAGGGGCAGUAGAUGAUUAGAAAUGGAUGUGUGAAUGGGUGAUGAAGCAUAUUUUUUCUUUUCUAUUCCUGAUGUCUUCUUAUCCUUAAACUCAGAUUUUGUUUUUUGUGUUUCUUCCUUUUUCCCCUCCCCUUUGGCUGUUUCCCGUGCAGCUGUACAACAUGCAUACAUAUUCUUCCUGUGCCCUUUUUGACCGCAGAAUAAAUUCAAGUUGUGAAACUUAGGGUGGUGUUUGCUUUGUUCUUCCUUUUUUUUUUUUUUUUCCUGCUGCCCUCAUCCCUUGAUUCCCUUGGUUCAUCGCCUUAAACCAUGUCUAUAUUAAUCAUGACCCUGACCUGGCUUGCCUCUCGUUUUGUUUUCCUUCAUGCUUGUUACUCAGUGACGAGUUUCCUUGUAGCAUCAGAAUCAGCAUUGAUGGCAUCUUUUUUCUGUCACAUCAUCACCAGAAAAGAAGAAUAUACUUCUUCUCUGGUGGGAAAAAAAAGAAUUGAGUCUUGAUAUAGACUUUUGUGUUUGCGUUUUACCUUUUUCGGGAAAAUGUGAAGCCGGUUGAGCGUGAUUAGCUAAUGGACAUUGAUGACCCAAG